AUGGGAAAAACUCAAGAAGUUCAACUCCACAUCAUUGUUCAAGAAGUAAAGGAAGAAAACUCACCUCAAUAUCAGAAUAGCAAGAAACUGGCAAGCCAUGAACCAAGGAACUAUAAGUGGUGGAUCAACAUCAUCAUGUAUGCAUUCUUUGUAAUCUUCGGUCAGUCGGCAUCAACACUCUUGGGGCGCCUAUACUAUGACAAAGGCGGGAAGAGCGUAUGGGUUGCUACACUCGCACAACUCGCAGGCUUCCCAAUUGUCAUACUAUGUUACUGCUUAGCACCACCAAAAAGUUGCACCAAAAAUGAGCAGAUACGGCAGCCAUCAGCGGUCAUACUGGCAUUGGUCUAUUUCUCUUUCGGUAUUUGCCUAGUGGCAUACAGCUUGAUGUAUUCUAUUGGACUCUUACACCUUCCGGUAUCGACUUUUUCCCUCAUUUGUGCAUCCCAAUUGGCCUUCAAUGCUCUCUUCUCAUUCUUCCUACAUUCACAAAAGUUCACUCCAUUUAUAAUCAAUUCACUAGUUCUACUAACAAUAUCCUCCUCCCUCCUGAUAUUUCAAACCAAUCCAGCAAGCCAUGUUGAAGUCCCUAAAGGAAAAUAUGCAAUCGGAUUCAUUUGCACCAUUGGUGCUUCUGCUGGGUACGGUUUGAUGCUUUCUCUAACACAACUCACCUUCAGAAAGCUUCUAAAAGGAGAAACACACGCAAAGGUGUUCGAAAUGGUUAUAUAUCAGUCACUAGUUGCGACUUCUGCUGCCAUUCUGGGACUUUUCAUCAGCGGAGAAUGGAAAGGUUUGUCAAUAGAAGUAGAAGAGUUUGAACUCGGUAAGUUUUCCUAUGCAAUGACCCUGAUUGAAACAGCUAUAGCUUCACAGCUUUUUGUCAUCGGCGCAAUGGGAUUGAUUUUCAAAGUUUCUUCGCUCUUCUCCAAUGCCAUAAGUGUCUUGGGUUUGCCUGUUAUUCCAAUUCUAGCUGUGAUCUUUUUCCAUGACAAAAUGGAUGCAGUGAAGGCAAUUGCCAUGGUCUUGGCGAUAUGGGGCUUUGUUUCAUAUGUUUACCAGUGUUAUCUUGACAAUCAAAGCUCUAAGAAUGAAUAUCGAAACGGUAGUGAAGUUUCGAAGAGUCCUUUACUCGAAGAGGCUAGUUAA